AUGUCUGAGCUAGAGGAUCAGCUCAAACGGCCACAGUCAUGUACCAGCCGGUACGACCCGUCUGCCUUUUUCACAGGGUUCAGGCUGGUGAAUGGCAGCAGAGGCUGUGAGGGGAGGGUGGAGGUUGAUGUAGAGGGCACCUGGGGCACCCUGUGUGAGUGGCACUGGGACCUGCUGGACGCCCACGUUCUCUGUCGUCACCUCAACUGUGGCUUUGCUGAGUCCGUUCCGGGAGGAGGCCAUUUUGGGAGAGGCACAGGCCCUGUCUGGAGAGACUCCUUCCACUGUGCUGGCACUGAAGCCCAGCUGGGCCAGUGCCCCGUGAGCAGCCUGGGGGCCUCUCUGUGCUCCCAUGAGCAGGACGCUGCUGUCAUUUGCUCAGCUGGCUCCGGUUCCCUGCGGCUGGUGGGUGGAGGGAGCCGCUGCGAUGGACGAGUGGAGAUCUUGCGGCGUGGGACGUGGGGCAGGGUCCUGGCAGAGCAGUGGCACCUGCAGGAGGCCAGCGUGGUGUGCCGGCAGCUGCGGUGCGGAGAGGCAGAGGCAGCCUACACCCUGCCCAAGGCUGGGAGAGGGCAGGGCCCCGUGGGGCUGCGAGGGGUGCGGUGUGCAGGGCACGAGGCCAGCCUGCAGCUCUGCAACACCUCCCUGCCCCAGAGCGUGCUGGCAGCAGGCAUUGCAGAGGAUGUGGGGGUCUCUUGCAGCGGGAGCCGGCAGGUGCGGCUGGCAGAGGGCCGCGGGCGCUGCGAGGGCAGAGUGGAGAUCUACUCCCAGGGCAGCUGGGGCAGCGUCUGCGAUGACAGCUGGGACCUGGCCGAUGCCAGCGUCGUUUGCCAGCAGCUGGGCUGCGGAGGGGCGCUGCAGGCGGUUGGCUCCGCUGGCUUCGGGGCAGGCUCUGGGCACAUCUGGCUGGAUGGGGUCAACUGCUCCGGGGCUGAAGCUGCUCUCUGGGAGUGCCCGGCAGGGCCCUGGGGGCAGCACGACUGCGGGCACAAAGAGGACGCCGGAGUCAUCUGCUCAGAGUUCGUGGCCCUGAGGCUGGAGAAGAGCAGCAACUGCUCCGGGCGCCUGCAGGUGUUCUACAAUGGCACCUGGGGCAAUGUCUGCUCCAACUCAAUGACUCCCAGAACUGUCUCACUGGCAUGCAAGGAGCUGGGCUGUGGGGACACAGGGGACCUGGAUACAAACCUGCCCUAUGCUAGGGUGUCUGCUGCUGCCUGGCUGGAUCGAGUGCAGUGUGGGGAGAGAAACAGCUCCUUCUGGCAGUGUCCCUCUGCUCCCUGGCACCUGCACUCUUGUGAAGACCUGAGAGAUGAGGCCCACAUCAUCUGCCAUGGAGCUGCAGAGGUGAGGCUGGCAGAUGGCGGCAGGCACUGUGCUGGGAGAGUGGAGGUGAAACACGAGGGACAGUGGGGGACUGUGUGUGGUUUGUCCUGGGACAUGAAGGAUGCUGCAGUGGUUUGUAGGCAGCUUGGAUGUGGAUCUGCUCUGGAAGCUCAUUCAAAUGCACACUUUGGGCCAGGAUCUGGCCCCGUUUGGAUGAAUUUUGUUCAGUGUGAUGGCUCCGAGCCUGCCCUGUCUGACUGCACACACAAUGGAUGGGGUCCGCAUUACUGUGACCAUCUUGAAGAUGCUGGAGUGACCUGUUCAGGAUUUAUCCAGCUGGUUGGAGGGGACAGUACCUGCUCAGGACGUGUGGAAAUCCAUGACAAGAAGAAGUGGAAACCUGUCUGUGCCUCAGACUUUGAUCUGAGAGCUGCCAAUGUGGUCUGCAGGGAGCUGCAGGGAUCCCCCAGGACCCAGCCCUGCAGCCAUGCAGAUGCUGUUGGAGUCACCUGCACACAAUACAGGCUGGUGAAUGGCAGCAGAGGCUGUGAGGGGAGGGUGGAGGUUGAUGUAGAGGGCACCUGGGGCACCCUCUGUGAUUCGCACUGGGACCUGCUGGACGCCCACGUUCUCUGUCGUCACCUUAACUGUGGCUUUGCUGAGUCCGUUCCUGGAGGAGGCCAUUUUGGGAGAGGCACAGGCCCUGUCUGGAGAGACUCAUUCCACUGUGCUGGCACUGAAGCCCAGCUGGGCCAGUGCCCCGUGAGCAGCCUGGGAGCCUCUCUGUGCUCCCAUGAGCAGGACGCUGCUGUCAUUUGCUCAGCUGGCUCCGGUUCCCUGCGGCUGGUGGGUGGAGGGAGCCGCUGCGAUGGACGAGUGGAGAUCUUGCAGCGAGGGACGUGGGGCAGGGUCCUGGCAGAGCAGUGGCACCUGCAGGAGGCCAGCGUGGUGUGCCGGCAGCUGCGGUGCGGAGAGGCAGAGGCAGCCUACACCCUGCCCAAGGCUGAGAGAGGGCAGGGCCCCGUGGGGCUGCGAGGGGUGCGGUGUGCAGGGCACGAGGCCAGCCUGCAGCUCUGCAACACCUCCCUGCCCCAGAGCCUGCUGUCAGCAGGCAUUGCAGAGGAUGUGGGGGUCGCUUGCAGUGGCAGCCGGCAGGUGCGGCUGGCAGGGGGCCGCGGGCGCUGCGAGGGCAGAGUGGAGAUCUACUCGCAGGGCAGCUGGGGCAGCAUCUGCGAUGACAGCUGGGACCUGGCCGAUGCCAGCGUCGUUUGCCAGCAGCUGGGCUGCGGAGGGGCGCUGCAGGCAGUUGGCUCCGCUGGCUUCGGGGCAGGCUCUGGGCACAUCUGGCUGGAUGGGGUCAACUGCUCCGGGGCUGAAGCUGCUCUCUGGGAGUGCCCGGCAGGGCCCUGGGGGCAGCACGACUGCGGGCACAAAGAGGACGCCGGAGUCAUCUGCUCAGAGUUCGUGGCCCUGAGGCUGGAGAACAGCAGCAACUGCUCCGGGCGCCUGCAGGUGUUCUACAAUGGCACCUGGGGCAAUGUCUGCUCCAACUCAAUGACUCCCAGAACUGUCUCACUGGCAUGCAAAGAGCUGGGCUGUGGGGACAGAGGAUACCUGGAUACAAACCUGCCCUAUGCUAGGGUGUCUGCUGCUGCCUGGCUGGAUCGAGUGCAGUGUGGGGAGAGAAACAGCUCCUUCUGGCAAUGUCCCUCUGCUCCCUGGCACCUGCACUCUUGUGAAGACCUGCGAGAUGAGACUCACAUCAUCUGCCAUGGGAGAUCUCAGCUUUCAGACCCCCACAUCUUCCCCAGCAGGCCCCAGCUGGGUUCCCAGCAGCAAUGA